ACUGAUCCGCGCUGGAGCUGGGGCGCAGCGGAGAGCCGAGCACCAUUUCCUACUGCACGGAUGGAUUUGACGUCCGCUUACAUCGUUGCCUGAUGUUUUCACUUGGUUAUCGCUGAACUCGAGGAUGGAAAGAUCCAGAAAGCACGAGUAUUUGAUGAAGUGUGGCGUCACUUCGGAGGCCCAGUUUCUCUGAGUUGCACUAUUCAUGGCCUCCAGACCCUCCAGGGCUUCCAAUCCUUGACUUGUUUCUCCAUGGACACACUGCUCAAGUCAGAAAUCAGGUUAAGGUGGAGGGUCUCUCCAAGGCAGCCUUAAUCAAAAGCCUGUCUCCUAGAGUCCUGUUGUCCAACCGUCUGUUGCCUAAAGGAACCAAGAUGAAGGUCAACCUGGAAGAUCAGAGUCGUCAGAAAGUGUCCUUCAGUUUCUCGCAGACCAAGAAGCCCCUGCAGAGUCUUUUCUUCAUUUCAUCCAGCCCUGAAAAGUCUGGAGCGGACCCUGCUGCUCCAUCACACUCAGGUUCAGGGAAAGGACAUCAUGCAGAGUCUAAAACUGAGCACAGGUCUCCUUCAACUGUGCAAAAAACAAGAACAAAUGCCUUGAGUCAACCUGCAAUUUCCCCAACUAAACUUAAAACAGACUUGUCAAAGACUCAUUUUAAGAAGCAUAUCCUUAAUGCCUCUGUGACUGAUGAACUACCAUCAUCUGUAGAAGGUGACUCACAAAGUAAUGUCAGACCUUCAUCUCCUCAGACUGCAGAGACUCACAAUGUAGCACCAGAGUCAAGAAUUACCGCUAUCCUCCAGACACUUGCUGCCGCCUCAGGAAAAGAUGGCGUUAGUCAUACUCGCACAGAGUCAAACAGUAAGGGACAUAAAAGCACAUCUAGGACUCAUUCAGACUGUGCCCCUCCUGGAUUUGAUUCGGAUGGAGAAUCAGGCCAGUCUUCCACUCGUAAAUCAUCUGACUCCAAAAGCCAAUCAAGCUCAAGCAGUAGGCGAAAAGAUGAAAAGAAGCAUUCUUCUAGUUCCCACUCCGAGGAGAAAGAAAAAAGUUCCUCUAAGCGCUCAGAGACAUACGAACGAUCUUCUAGUCACUCUAAAUCUGACCGGGACUCAAGAUACACCUCGUCGCGUUCAUCUCGAUCAGAUCGCAAGAGGUCAAGGUCGCGGUCACGCUCUCGAUCUCGCGGGUCUCGCACAAGUUCCUCUCACUCCAGGCUCGACAGGUCCCGAGGUGAGAGAAGCUCACGCUCUGACAGGUCACAUUAUCAUGAGUCUGAUAGGAGGUCUUACAGGAGUUCUCCACGCAGAGAAAGGAGGCGCUCUCGCUCCCGUACUGACAGAAAUCGGGAUAGUUCGGAGUCUGAGGAGGAUCGCAGGAAAGCUAGAACACGAACAGGUGAAUCCAGUCGGUCGUCAGCCUAUUCAAGUUCUCACAAAGAGUCUAGAUCUUCGUCUCAUGUGAAGUCCACCUCUAAAUCAGCAGAUUCUUCUGAGUUUGAUAAAUCUUAUCAGUCAUCAAAAUCGGAAAGAUCAUCAAGACGCCUGUCAGACACAGAUUCUCAGCACAGGGGCUCUUCUGUUACUGACCAUCAUAAAUCUAACACUGGUCACAAGUCAGAGACCAGUAGUAAAUUGAGUUCACCCAGAGCAUACACACAUUCUCAUUCAUCAGAGAAACAUCAGAAAAGUGACUCUGAAAGAGAGAAAUCGCACACAUCUGACAAGCGCUCGCGGUCAGAUGAAUACUCCAAAAAUUCACAUAAAACAAAUAAGACAGACUCCAGACAUUCAAACUCUUCUGUAUCUUCUCAUCAUGAAGACACCUAUAGGACACAGGAUAGAAAAUCAAAUGACACAUUUCACACCCCACAAAAAGCACUAUUUGUCUCCACUGUAGAAUCAGGUCCAGAAAAUGAAGAAAGAUAUGAGCAAAUGAGCCACAAAAUCAAAAAGACAAGUUCAAGGGAAACAAAUGACUCCAAAUUGACAGAGCAUGAAAAGGGAGAAGAAAUAAGAAAUGCAUCAUUAGAUGUAAAUGAUAACUUGAAUAAAGCUGAUACUUUUGUGGAAACAAAUAAGAAAGCCCAAAGUGGUCAGACAGCAAUGCCAAACCAAAUACUCGCAUCAUGUGAAAGUAAUGAUGUGAUGUACAAUAGAGAUUCAGUUGACCAUUCACCAGAAUCAUUAUUCAAAUCAUCCAGUGUCCCACGUGAGGUCCAAAACUCAAUAAAUGAGGAAACCCAGAAAGCAGAAAUGGUUGACCCAAGUAGAACUUCAUUGACAAGUAACUACCCUGACAAUGUGUCUCAAAACCCUAACUUAAUGUUUUUAGACUCUCAAAACCACAUAGAUAAAGAUCUUGGGGAUGCUGGUAAAAAGAGCAGCAUUGCUUACAGAAAGUCUCGGUGGGAUAUUGUUGGGCAGAAUGCAGAAGAUCAUUCCAACACAAUUCACAUUUCAGAGACAAAACCAGACAAAGCUGAUGUGAAAAUGGACACUUCAAAAUAUGGUGGCAAACCAGACACUGAAAUAAAAGAAAACAUGCAUGCAGGAACACAUUUUAUAACAAAGGACUGGGUGCUUGAAUCGGACAGAGCCUGCAUGUCUGAUAGCUGUAAACACCAAAGUGCAUUGACUGAGGCCAGUUUUGACACAAACGCAAGUGAACAAGCAACAAAGAAGCCUUUUUCAAAUGAUGAAAACACAAUAGUGAAUGCCAGCAAGAGCAGACAUCCACAGUUGAAUUUACUGAUGGGACAGAGUGGGGCCAGUGACAGUGAUAACUCUGAGUAUGACUCUGAUUGUGGCGAGGCGAUUAAGCGCCUUCACUCUGUGGUAGUGGUGAUGCCAAAACAUUCCCUUCCCACAACUGAAGACAACACAGGGCAAAAUAGUGCAGGGCAAAAUAGUGAUAGUUCUGAAAAAAUGAUCAAUUCCCAUCAAAUUCAGGGGCAUGAUCCAGCCCAUAAUGCAGUGUGCCAGUCCCAAAGUAAUAUGAUUGAUAGCACCAGUCACUCUGAGAGCUCUCAGUUGAAUAUAAGUGUACACAUGCCAGCAAUAGAAAAUAGCAGUCUUGUCAGUUGUUUGGGUCAGCAAGUACACCAACAGUAUAUUAGUAGUGGAAAUGAAAUUCCCUUUUCACAAUACAAACAAGAUAAUUUAUCCAGCGUAAAUAGAUUUAGUGAUAAGAAUGGAUACAAUCUUCUUUGGACCUACACUCAAGCUGAGCAACCCAGUAGUUCUUGUCCACAGCCUGACAGCAGCCAUGGGACACAGUUGAUUGAUGGGAGAUUGACAGAAACUCUGUCCUAUUCACAAAUGCAAAGCAAUGACCCGGUUACUGAUCCUUCCACUGUACAAAUUCGUCAGGACUCAAAUGAAAUUCACCCGGACUCUCUCACUAAUGACCACGGUGUCUACAGUGGAGAAAAGACAGCAGCUGAAUCCAGUGGGUCUAUUCUUUGUCAAGGUUUUGUACAAGGUCAUGAAAUAAGCAGUAACAGCAAAGGUCCAGCAGCAACAGAGCCCACCAAAGAAGAUACUUUUAAGUCACUUAGAUCCAGGGGUCCACCAAAGAAAAGGCGUCCUGAGUUGGAGUCAGACUCAGACAAUGAGGCUGAAGCGGGACCCACAAGUAAAAAGGAGCGUCGUGGAGACACUUUAAAGGAUAUACCAGUCAAAACUGAGGUGCAGCUUCCAAUGCUCAAGUUACGGGUCUUUCAAGAUGCUGCAAAGUGGAAAGACCUGGCAAAGUCUAAGAAGAUGCCACCAUAUUUCGACUUGAUAGAAGAAAACCUCUAUCUUACUGAGAGAAAGAAAAGCAAGUCCCAUAGAGAUAUCAAACGGAUGCAGUGUGAGUGUCCGAUGUUGUCCAGAGAGGAGCGGUCAAAGGGGGUGAUGGCGUGUGGAGAGGACUGCUUAAAUCGUCUUCUCAUGAUUGAAUGUUCGUCUCGGUGCCUAAAUGGAGCCUACUGCUCUAAUCGUCGUUUUCAGAUGAAACAACAUGCAGAUUUUGAGGUCAUUCUUACUGAGGACAAAGGCUGGGGUCUAAGAGCUGCUAGAGACAUGCCGGCAAAUACCUUUGUCUUGGAGUACUGUGGGGAGGUGUUGGACCAUAAGGAGUUUAAGGCCAGAGUGAAGGAGUAUGCCCGCAUGAAGAACAUCCACUACUACUUUAUGUCUUUGAAGAAUAAUGAGAUUAUUGAUGCUACACUGAAGGGUAAUUGUUCCCGCUUCAUGAAUCACAGCUGCGAACCUAACUGCGAAACACAAAAGUGGACAGUGAACGGACAGCUUCGUGUUGGUUUCUUCACCACUAAAGCAGUUACAGAAGGCACAGAGCUGACCUUUGAUUAUCAGUUCCAGAGAUAUGGCAAAGAAGCACAGAAAUGCUACUGUGGAGCCCCCAGCUGCAGAGGUUUCCUCGGAGGGGAAAACCGUGUGAGUGUUCGAGCUGCUGGAGGCAGGAUGAAGAAAGAUCGCAACCGGAAAAGUGCUCUCACUACGGUUGAUGAGGAGUUGGAAGCAUUACUGGACAAUGGAGAAGGCCUGUAUGAUGAAAAGCAGGUGGUGGCUCUGUGCAGGCUGAUGGUCCGAGUGGAAACUAUGGAGCAGAAACUCCUCUGUCUGAAACUGAUCCAGGACACACAGAACCCAUCGUGCCUCAAACAGUUCCUGGAUCACCAUGGCCUGUCUCUGCUCUGGAUCUUUAUGGUGGAACUGUCUGAAGCAAAGGGCAACAGUGCCAACAACAUCAAACUGCAGUUGGAGAUUUUGAAGACUUUGGCUGUGCUGCCAAUUUCAACUAAGAACAUGUUGGAGGAGAGUAAAGUGUUGACCCUGAUUCAGCGCUGGGCACAGACCUGCCCUCAGCCCGCAGAGAACGACGGCUACUCCAGCGAGAACACGUCCCGAGCUCAAACUCCACUCAACACUCCGGACUGCUCCAACUCAAGAGCAGGGCCCGAAAUGGACCAUGAUUCUGCCAAACCAUCUGUGUUUCGUCGCCUUAAAAUCAUCAGCGAAAAUAGUUUAGAUAGUGCCAUGUCUGAUGCCAGUAAAGCAUCGGAUGGGAAAGAGGAUGAUGAGGAUGAUGAAGAUGAUGAUGAUGAAUCUUCACGCGCAGGACUGCCCGUGGUACAAGAGACCAAACGUGAACCAGAGGCAGAAACUGAGGACCCAGUGAAAGAACCUGAGAACUCCAUCAAAAAGGAGGAGGAGGAAGAGUCAAAUGAGAAGAGCCUAGAUAUUCAAGAUGAGUCCAAAUCCAGUAAUGACCAAGACGACACUGAAAUGAUGGUGGAGACAGAGGAGGUCAAAGAGGACACAAGUGAGACUCUGAUGGAGGAAAGUGGUGACGUAAAAGAGCCACAGGAAAAGGAAGAGGGUGAAAAUGAACUAAUAGCUCAAGUUUUUAAAGAGGAGCCUGAGCAGGUGACAGGGCAAGACACUGUCAGUGGUGAAGAAAUCAAGAAUCAGGUGUCGGAGGGAGAUGAACCUGCCCCAGCUGCACCUGCCCCGCCUGAAGCUGUCCUAGCUGCACCUGUGCUAGCUGAUGCUGUCCCAGUUGAUUCUGAUUCGGCCCUAACCGAUUCAGCCCCAACUGAUUCCGCCUCAACUGAUUCCGCCUCAACUGAUUCGGCCCCAACCGAUUCCGCCUCAAUUGAUUCCGCCCCAACCGAUUCCGCCCCAACCGAUUCCGCCCCAACCGAUUCCGCCUCAACUGAUUUGGCCCCAACCGAUUCUGCCUCAAUUGAUUCGGCCCCAAUUGAGCCUGUCCUAGGUGAUUAUUUCCCGACUGAAUCUACCCAAACUGAUUCUGCCUUUUCUCAACCUGCUCAAGCUGAAUCUACCCCCAAUGCACCUGUUCUCACUCCAUCUACCCCUACUGAACCUGCCCCACUUUCACCUCCCCCGAAUGAGCCUGCCCAAACUGAUUCUACUCCAACUGAGCCUAUCCCAGCGAUAUCUGAACCUGCAACCUCCGAGCCUGCUUCAGAACCAAUGGAGGUUCAGGUGGAGACACAGGUGGAGGUAGAAGAUUCUGAGAAGGCAAAUACUGAUCAAACUAGUGGUCAGCAAAAUGACUGUUCUGCUGCUGCUGAUGUGGUGGUGAGCUCUGAAGUUCCUGAGGUGAGCGUCCCUUCAGCGGCUGCCUCAGUGGAGCCCUCUGUUGUUGGGACCCCCUCACAGGAUGAUGAUGAGGGUCUCUCUGAUGUAGAGAGUGAGAGGAGCCAGGAGCCUCAACUCAGCUCAAUGGAUAUCAGCGGCAUGGCGGCCCGACUUCUGGAGAGCUGGAAAGAUCUGAAGGAGGUUUACAGAAUACCUAAAAAGAGCCAAGUGGAAAAAGAAGAUCGCAGUCGGGAUCGAGACACUGCUCGUCCGGCUUCAGGGAGCAGAGAGAGGGAGAGAGAGAGGGAGCGAGACAAGGAGCGUGACAGGGAAAGAGAGUAUGAGCGGGACCGUGAAAGAGAGAGAGACAGAACGCCCCGCAGCAGUGAAAGACGCAGGCGGCGCUCUCUCUCUCCUCCCUCGUCCUAUGAACGCACCAGCCGCCGCACUGACGAGAGGUUCGACAAUGUCAACAGCAAGACUCCAAGGAGCGUUGGAGGAAAGGAGAGAAACAAGCUGUCGACGGAGGAGCGCAGGAAACUCUUUGAGCAGGAAGUGGCUCAGCGUGAGGCUCAGAAGCAACAGCAGCUUCAGCAGCAACAACAGCAGCAGUUGCAGAGUCUGGGCUAUGACCCGGCCCUGGCUUAUGCCUCCACCUCCGGCUUUAUCACAUAUCCCUCUGGAUAUCCUGUCCAGGCCUUUGUAGAUCCAACCAAUCCCAAUGCAGGCAAAGUUCUGCUCCCCACCCCUCCAGUGGAUGGAGCUCUAACCUAUGAACAGACCCCUCCUCUGGGACUGUCCUCUCCGUCCUCCACUCCUCAGGCUGCUCCAGUGUCUAAUAUUCCACAGCAGAUCAGCACAGAGCCCCUCCCCCCUGGGACCUCUCAACCAUAUACCCAGCCCACCGUAGCUCCUCCAGACAUUGGGGUGGCUGUGCUCUCUGUGCCGGCCCCGGCGGCCCCUCCAGUGCAGGGCCAGAGCUACACCACUCUCUGGGACCCCACGACACAGCAGACAGUCACAGUGCAAACUGCAGCUCAACAGUACACCACUGCACCAGCUCAGCCUCAGCCACAAACCGCUAUAUACUACCAGGGCCAGCCCUGUCCUACCAUCUACAGCAUCCCCACUGCCUACCCACAAGGCAGUGCUCCCGUCAUACAGGCUUAUGCUGAUCCUGCCGGCAACUAUCUGCACAGUCAGCCUGUCUAUCCCGGCCAGCAGGGGGUGGUAGUGCAGCAAGGAGGCACUGUUACUACUAUUGUUACCUCUCAAACUCAGGAGCUGAUUGUACCAAACAACAUCGUAGACCUGCCUCCACCCUCUCCCCCCAAACCCAAAACUAUUGUUCUACCUCCAAACUGGAAAGUAGCUCGGGAUCCAGAGGGCAAAAUAUACUACUACCAUAUUGUCACAAGGCAAACACAGUGGGAUCCUCCAACCUGGGAUGGGACUACUGAUGCCACUACCAUGGAGCACGAGUCUGAAAUGGACUUGGGGACUCCCACCUAUGAUGAAAAUCCCUCCAAGUUUUCAACAAAGACAGCUGAAGCCGACACAUCCAGUGAAUUGGCGAAAAAGAGUAAAGAGUCAUUCCGUAAAGAGAUGUCCCAGUUCAUUGUACACUGUCUAAAUCCUUAUCGGAAGCCUGACUGCAAACUGGGACGCAUAAUCAACACUGAAGACUUCAAACACCUGGCGAGAAAACUAACUCACGGGGUAAUGAACAAGGAGCUAAAAGCAUGCAAGAAUCCUGAGGACCUCGAGUGUAACGAGAAUGUGAAGCACAAGACCAAGGAGUAUAUAAAGAAGUAUAUGCAGAGAUUUGGCUCUGUCUAUCGGCCCAAGGAGGACACAGAGGUGUACUAGUGAGAAGAGCCUCAAACUCCAAACUAUAUGAGCCAGAACCCGCUAACUAUUUUAUUGUCACCGAGUAUUGCACUGCUGCUGUCAAGCUCUUUGGGUUUUCAAAGACUGAACAGGACUCUUAGGUGGAGGAGCAGCAAAUGCAAUGGGUGACACUGACAGGUGCUACAUAGACUUUCAAAGACUGUUUUAACUUUUGUUUUCAUUUAUGGCUCUUAAAAUGGAGGAUCAUCUCUAUUCCAUUUUAACCCUAUUGAGCCCAAAAUGAGGAUGACUCCGACCCAUGUGUUUUGGGCUUUAGUCCUAUAGGUUAACCCAGGGGUGUUGGAAUGUGGGAGGUAAAGGGUACUUCUUUACCCAGGCUCCAGUGCACGAAGGGGCCAUCAAAAGCAUGUAAUGUGCAUUUAACUAUUGCUAUAACACCAGUAUAUUUUAUACUAAAGGCCCAGACUUUGUGCUACACCCCUCGGUUAAUCCUUUUCCAUUGGAGCAAUCUUAGAUCUCCUGGCUCUUUCUCUGGUGCUGCUUUUAUCUGGGCCUUGGAGGUCCAGACUUCCACAGGUGAACCCCUGCCUUCUUAUCCACUCCUGUGGUGGAGUAAUCCUUGUUUUAUGAAUGCAUUAUGUACUAGGAAAAAAAUAUAUAUUUUACAGAAGUUAAAAUUAAUUAAAUUGAUUUUUUUUAUUUGAGUUGGGUAGAUUUUGAUAAGCCACCUGCCAAUAGCAUAAGUAAUGUUUUAUUUUUUUUAUUUUAAAUUCAGAGAUAUUUGUUCUUAUCUUAAAGGUACACUAUGCAACUUUUCUGGUGGGAGUUCGCCACCUGCUUAUCUCCAUGGAGAUAUUAUUGAAUUGCCUAUUGUACGGCAUUAAACAUAAAUCUAUCUUGCAUUUAUUCAAUUACAGGUACAUUUAUUGCUAAAAAGAAGGCAGUCAAAAACAUUCUUACUGUGAUUUGCUUGUCAUACAAUUUUAAUGCCAUUCUUUGAAACAUUACAGGCAAUGCGAUGACAUCUCUAUGGAGACACUCUAAGGUUACAUACUGCACCUUUUAAGCAGAAUAUGACUUGCUCCAUUGGCAUUUUCUUUUCAUACCCUGUCAAAAUGCACUCCAUUCAAGAUGGAUUGGAUGGUCAUUGGUCAUUUGUUCAGGUGGAGUUUUCCAGGCGUCUCACUCCAAAUAUCUUCAUGGGGUCAAAUUUUACGUGUGUAGGGAUCAGUUGUCCACCAGUGUGUCUUUUAUCUGUUUGUAAAAUAACAGUUACUUUACGUGCCGUCACAUCAUUUGACACAUUUUCUUUCUUCCAAUUACUACGUAGAUUCCUCUUGUAACAUAGACAGGUUUAGGGUGUGAUCUAAGCAAUGCAGUUUUAACAAUUUGUGAACAUCCUGUGUAUUCUGUAUACUUUCAGUUUUUAUAAGAACUAGGUUGAGGUUAAAGACUGGUUAUCAACAUAAAUUAUACUUAGAUCAAUUCAAACUUUAUUGUUCUCAGUUCAACACCAUUAAGUCACUGCAGUUAAUGAAAAAAUGCAUUAAUGUUUUUCCAACAUGUACAUUUGUUAUGUGAAUAUAUUGAAAAAUAAGUUUUGGAAAUGAUAAAAAGUAGCAGUCACUUUGUAAGGACUAUCAUUCAUGGUUAAUAUUGUAAAUAGUGAUCAUGUAAAGUUACCAAAGCUGUACACGAGAGGGCGCUCUUCUCACCAGCUCAGCUCCUGAUGCAGUCCACUCACUGAACCCCACAGGCUCACAGCUCUUUGUUUUAUUUCAGCUACAAUGGGGGAAAUUUUUUAUGUUGUUUUGUUAAUUUCUUUUGUACAAAAUGUUUCAUCUGAUUCUACUGUAAUUAUUGCGUAAGCACAUUGUCAUACUGCGUGUACAAACAUUUUAAAGAUAAUAAACCUUUUGU